AUGGCUGAUUUUGGAGAGAUCCUCCAAAACAUUGGAGAAUUUGGAAGAUUCCAAAUACUCAAUCUGGUUGUACUUUCCUCUUCAAAUUUUUUCUAUAUUGUUCUCAUAGUUAGUUCUCUGUUUAUCCAGUCAGAUCCAGAGCGACACUGUAACACAGACUGGAUCCUCUGUGCUGAUCCUAACCUGACAGCAGAAGAGCAGCUGAACCUGACCGUGCCCUUGGAGCUGGACGGGACCUACAGCAGGUGUCAGAUGUUUGUCCCUGUCGACUGGGACAUUGAUGCCAUCAGAGAGUUUGGACUCAAAGAAACCACAGGCUGUCAGAAUGGAUGGAAAUACAACAAUACAAUGUACAAGACCACCAUAGUAACUGAUUUUGAUCUUGUUUGUGACAAGUCUCACUUUGUGGAAGUGGCACAAAGUGUAUCCAUGGCUGGUCUUGUUCUUGGUUGUAUUAUUUUUGGACCUUUUGCUGAAUCGUUUGGGCGAGGAACUCUAACUGCACUGGUUUGGAGAUUCUUAUUUACUGUGGUAACAGGACUGUGCCCAAAUGUGUACUUAUAUAUUGCAUCCCAGUUUUUGCAAGGGAUUGGAAAUGGGGGCUAUCAAGUCAACUCUGUUAUUGCUGUCAAAGAUGUGAGCCAAGGAGGCACAAAAGUUAUUUUCAGAUCACCUGUACUGGCCAGAAAUUUCUCCAUCAUAGUACUGACAUGGUUUUCAAUUAACCUUUCCGCCUUCUGCCUGUACUUUGAUAUGGGAAGUCUUGGCUUGAACAUUUUCCUGACACAGCUCCUGUUUGGUGCUAUUGAAAUACCAGCUUACAUUCUUUGCAUAUGGCUGCUGGAGUUUGUGGGGAGAAAGGUGUCGCUCAUGUCAACAGCUCUGACAUCAGUACUCCUUUCUGUGCUCAUCCUAGCUGUUCCUCAAGGAUAUCCCAUUGCUGCUACGUCGCUGGCUGUAGCAACCCGUUUUUUCUUCAUAUUGGGCCUUGGUACAUGUAACGUCUUUGUUCAGGAGCUGUUUCCAACAUCAGUCAGACAAACAGCCACAGGACUUGGAGCAACAGCUGGCAGAUCUGGAGGGAUAUUUGCUCCCCUGGUUAACAUGUUGUCCAGGUUCCACUGGGUCCUACCCAUCACUUUCUUCAGCACCCUCUUGCUAAUCGGUGGAUCCCUCUGCUUCAUUCUUCCUGAGACAAGACACAGAGAGCUCCCUGAGUCAACUGAAGAGGCUGAAAACAACAAGUAA